AUAGAAUUUCCUUUAAGUAAAAUUUUGUUCAGGAAAACGUAGUUUAAACAACGUUAGGUAAUGAAUGCCAGAGCGAAAUUCAGAAAAAAAAACAAUUGACCUUGAAAAAAAGGAAAUCUGUGAAAAUAGAUCACAAAAAACUAAGACAAUUUUAUGAUUGAAUGCCACACUAUUUAAGCCAAGUUACUCUACUUAUCUCGUAAUAUUUAUUCCGCAUCCUGAAAGGUUCUCUACUAACAGCAGAUUCAACAUGGAUAAACGGUAUUCGAGUUACGUGUUGAUCGUAGUGAUAACGAUAGCAUCCAUGAUUAACCAUACGGAAUGUGGUGACAAAGGUGGGCAUGGCUUGGCUGCUUUAGCGGCUAUCUUGUCAAUGGGUGGUGGUCAUAAAGGGCACUCGAUUUUACCAAUUCCGAUACCUAUACCACUGCAUCACGGACAUCACGGGCAUAAACAAGUUUACUUCCCCAUCCCCGUGAAGCAUCACACGAAUACUAUACAUGGUUUUCAUCACGUUCCUCACUUUCAUCAUAUUCAUAUUUCGCAUUUCGGAGGACACGAGCAUCACGGACAUCACGGACAUCAUGGACAUCACGAUCACGGACAUCACGAUCACGGUCAUCACGGUUGGCAUUAAUGGCAUGUGGCAUGUUUAUGGUGGAAUUUAAAACUAUUUUUACAAUGUAUUUGUUGAAUAUAUAUUUAAAAAAAA